AUGUUCCAGUCUUUUCCUGGAGCGUUGAAGUCACCUAGAAGAAGUAAGUUCUCCUGCUUACAUAGCAACUCCAGUGCACUAAGUAAUUCCAUAUCGCGAUUUUAUUCGAGCUAGGAGGCCGAUAGACAACACACAGGUUCAGUGUCGGUAAUUGUUUGAUACUUAUCUUGCAUUAAGUUAUUUCAAAAUUUCGGGGCGCCCCAUCGGAUAUUUAUCGCUGACAGCACGGAAUUUCAUUUGACGCAUAAAUCGCUCUGCCUCCUCCUCUACGCUGAAAUCUGUCACAACGAAACAGUUGGUAGCCUUCAAUACUGACUUCGCUUCUACUAAUUUCCUCAGUCAACCAUGUCUCUGUUAGGACAAUUAUGUGUGGCUUCUGUUGAGAGACAAGUAAUCUGAGUUCAUCUAGCUUGUUGGGGAGACUCUGACAGUUAGUGUAAUAGAUUUCUAGAUAGCGGCCACUGGUGCGAGCAGCCUCAGGAGUUGGCACCUUUGCAUCGGUUAGGCUGUCAGAAUGAAGGCUUCCGGUCAGAGAAAUGUCCUUUUGACCUGAAUUAUUUGUCCGUUUUUGAUUUGUAGGUGUGUUUCGCCGCUGUUUCUCCGCUUUUUCAGCUCCGUCAUCAGCUCUCUCAUUUUCAUUCGCUCUUUUGGCUCGUAAUCCGGCUGAAAAAUAACUUCAGGAUGCUGACCCCGCAGAGAUGAUUUUCUCUGAAACAGGAGCUGGACCUGUGCUUCAGUCUCCAAAAUGACUGGGAAUUGGAACCGGAUGCUGACUCACUCAUCCCUAUUCAGAAUGCUUUGAGAACAUUAAGUGACUCAUCAUCUCUUAACAAAGCUUUCGCAUACACUUGACCAAGGUCUAAGUCAUGCAUAACUCUCUGCUUUGGAAUUUUUGCCGUUAAUUCGGGUACUCCUUUUACAAAUACAUUUUGCUUGCGACUGAAUCUAGUGCUCGUUGUUGUCGCCCAUCUUUUGAGUGACUGAGCGUUCUUCUCCAGUUAACUUGUUUCGCUGGCUUCAGAUGAACUAGCUUUUGGGCUAGCAAAACUGAGAUCCGUGUACGAUUCAUUUAUCUUAGUGCUGAUAACCCUUCCUUCUGUGUUUCCGGGGUGUUCGUCGAAAAAGCUUACCUCAGUUUCUUUCGAAGCCUCCUCCUGAAUAUUCGGUUCACAAGGUAUUCCGAUAUGUUUAUUGUUCAGCAUAGUUGGGAGCCUCCGGCGGUCCUUCGUAGGCCUCCUGGUCGUCCUCCUCCGCUGGUCUGCGUGUACGCAAGCGGCCUUCGUUUUUUAGACCGUACAGAGGUGCGCGUUGUUUUUCUGGGAUGUUUCUUUGUUUUCUGAGUUCGCUUUGGCUGGUGUUUUUCUCGCCUAAGGGACUGACAUUUAAAUGUGUCUAGUUCCCUGGACGAAACGUCGUCAGUUUCAGCGCUUGAUAUUGCUAAAGAAGCCGUGCUUGCAUAUGUUAUUUUCGGAUUCUUGAUUGCCGAAUUCGUCGACUUAAUCUCCUUGCGUUAGUGGUGAGUAAGCUUCCUUAACUUUCCUACCUUCAUUUUGAGACUUAUCAACUCCCCCUCCAUUUUCGAAAAUUUAUGGAUGAGUCCGAAACAUGUGGUACAGAUUUCACCGUCGUAUGUGACAUCCCCCAACGUCACUAGACUUUUAGCUCGUUUUAAGGGCAUUGGUCUGACAGCAGAACGACCAACACUGCAUUCAUUAAUAUCAUGCGUAAUACAUGAUGUAUCAUUUGUUUUAACCAUACUGGCGCGAGCCAAUGGCUUAGUGGUAAUGCCGGUUUUCUGACCGCGCGGCUGCCCGGGUUCGACUCCCGCCUGGGGCGAACAUUUCACACCGUAUUUGGAGGACAUCUCUGAAUAACAUAACUGAGUUUACAAGUUUCAAACGGUUUUCUUAAAGGUAUGAGACGAAUUUUCAACCAGAUCAAAGAUAUGAGGUAAACGACUCAGCCUUUCGUAGGUUUUGGGGAUUUCUUAGUGCUGUUGCAGAGAGGCGACUGGACGAAGAUAGGUUAUCCCUCACAAGUCCUGGUGUAGGUUUCCAAGGAUAGAUCAGUUGCACAGACGAAUCGGAUUCUUAACACCCAGUAGAUAGAAAUCCCGAUAAAAGUGAAAUCCCCCGAGGUCGAAAAUUUCAAACCAACUUCGUAAGAGACGAUUGAAUGUAACAAACUUGCCUAACCCGAUGCAAAGAUGGACAAAAUAUUCGACGAAAGAAGCACUGUGCAUGCUUUCUACAUUGAUUCGAGGAAGGCUUUCGAAAGUCACUAUUUUACUAUCAGUCAGUUUUCCGUCUUUAACACUGCCAACAUCAGGCAUGCAGGUAUUUGUAGCGCUCGUUCCUCCUGUUCUUUUAACCAGUCAUUGGAGGAGCAUGGGCUCCAGCGGCGGCGGGUUUCACACCCAAAGAGGCGGACGUGGGAACAUUGGACAGUCGUCGGUGCUCUGUAGCAAAUAGGGCAGUUGUCCCGCGAUGUCGUUUCUGAUUGCGUGGGCGCACUAACAUGACGUCGUUCUGUCUUUUGGCGACCGCUCCAGAAGAAUAUUCGGUGGUUUCCCCCUCCUCCCCUCCCUAGUUAGCCUUCUUUGGAGAAGGGAGGUUCGCUGCGUGAAACGGACUACAAAUUCAGAAACUAUGAUUUGCAUUUUGUACAGAUUCUGCCUACCUCGUCUUAAAUUUAUGUGUAAAUUUAUUUUUACUUAAUUUGAUAGACCCUGACGGGCCUUUAAUAAAAAUGUAUUAUUAACCAUGUCCACACUCUAGCAUGCCGAUUGUCGGUGGAUAAACGCCGUCCUCCUUUUCGCUUGGUUACCUCGCUGGUUGUCUUAUAGAUAACGGACAUUCCAGGCCACCAAAGUGAGCAAAGUCAGUGGGGCAGUCUGCGAGAUUGAGCAGAGGAUAGAGACGGUGGUUUUCUUACUUGGCUAUCCCGACAAUCAAUUUUGCAUCUGCGGACUUCGGCUUGCAUACAGAUAACGUAAUGCACGUCUCAUCUGAGUGCAUUUCCUCCAAGAAUUCAAAGACUUCCUGGUUGGGCAGGCGCCAACAUUGCGAGUGUUCACCGUGUAAAUAUUUGUCCAGUUUCCAGUGUGUGUAUGGAUACCUGACAUAGAUGAUCUCGUAUCCUCAACGCUAACUGACUUUUAUGCAUAAGAGCUAGACAGAUCUCCCAGUUUGGUCACCAUAAACGGCACCACAACUGAUACAUGGGUUCUCGCGGACAACACCUUUUCUAUCAGGGUAGUCAACUCUAUCCCUAGAGUGUACUAGCCGUGUGCAUGACCGACGGCACAGCUAGAACGUGGCUCAGUGAUCACGGUGUUGUACGUCUAAUCAACAGGCUGCUAAAGCGAGUCUCAGGGUUUGCAAAACCCGGGGCUGGGCAUGGCCGGCUGAUCACGGUUAAUAGGCCAGAUAUGGCCACUGCGGUCUCCCUCGUUUCUUUGUCGGUAGCGUUAUCCUCCCUGUACUACUGGCCGCUGUGCGGCUGCUGGUGGGGUUCGUGAUUGAGCUUCAAAGCACAAUGCCGGACGAGUAUGUCGUAUGACGCAAUGUGUGAUCGACGUCGACCAUUACAUAUAUGCGUGUACAAAGAGAAGUCCCGCCAGAAAAUAGAGUUGUACUCGCGAGUUUCCGAUUCGUUAUCAGACGAAAUGAAUGGUGGAGAGUGGGAUAACUGCACCAGAGCACUUUUCCCAUCUUUUCUAUCUAUACGCCUAAUCCCCACGCGUCUGCUUAGGGGGUUACAUUUAAACCUUAAGGCACAAGGGGCAAGCACGCUACGUAACCUCACAGACGAGCGCCUCCUUACUAUUACACGUAUAGAUAGGAAGAUUACCAAUACAGACAAUGACAAUGGUGAUGCAACUGCUAUUUCUGAGUUAUUAGACAUAACUGACAGGUCAUACCGAGCCCCAGGGUCGGAAAACCCCAAAGGCUCGAACCCACGUUCUGUUGGUUAGAAGUUUAAAGUCUUAACCACUGAGCAGAGGUUCGUUACCCUGUCGGCAGCGAGUGGGACAUUAACUAUGAUAGAAGGCGCUCACCAGUCGCGUUAAGCAAAGUAUUUGUCCUAUUGUGUUCGAGAGAACGACCCAGAACCCGUAGGCAAUGACUCAGCGACAAGUAAUGUAUGCACAGGAAGAAUAUUUACGGAUAAAACGAAGACUAGGAUGACGAUUUCUGGCUUAUCGGUCGACGUCAGCGAGCCACACCCGACCUGAGAUAGGUAACCUUGAAAAGGACGAAAAAUAAGGAAGGCAUAGUUCAUAAAAAUUACUCCAAUACCGAGAUUUCGAAAAAUUUCCCACCAUCACGAUCAGAUUAAUGUGGUUGUCGUCCCUGCUGGUGCAGAUUUAUUCAAUUUCACCGCUCAUUGCGCAUUGUAGUCGUGCCCGACUCGGGAACUUUGGUCGUCAGUCCGCUGCUAACUGAAUUUAGCUGCCCAGGGACGGCCGUUGAGGCCCGUGUAGUUUUCUCCAUCGACGUAGUGGUUUUUAGUCUUGAACGAUGAUGAUGAUGCUGCUGCUGCUGCUGCUGCUGCUGCUGAUGAUGAUGAUGAUGAUGAUGAUGGUGAUGAUGAUGAUGAUGAUGAUGAUGAUGAUGAUGAUGAUGAUGAUGAUGAUGAUGAUGAUGAUGAUAAUGAAUGCGACAAUAUAUCUAGACCUAAAAUAAUCAUGAAUAUCUACAUAUUCAGAUAUGAACAUGAUGGCUGGAUGCAUGGAUGUGCUACGGAGCUCGUCGUCCACAAAGGAGAAGAAUAA